AUGACCGACGUCCAACCUCUCGACUUCGUGACGGUAAAAGCCGUCCUGCCGACGAUACCCCUGCCGCCUCACGCCUCGCGGCAACCCAUCGUCACCGAGCGUCUCGUCCUGCGGCCCAUCUCCCCAGAUGAUUUGCAGCCGCUGCACGUCCUGCGCACGCAGCCAGAGGUCAUGAGGUGGUCGGCGGCCGGCCGCGUUGACGCGGACGUGGACGAGACGUGGGCCAAGCUGGCCCAGUGCCUGCCACCAAACGACGCCGACAACUACGACUUCUCCAUCUGCCUGCGGUCGACAGGCGAGUGGAUCGGCAUCGGCGGCUGCAAGCAUCUCUCUGGCGGCGAGCUUGGCUGGCCCGAGAUCGGUUACAUGCUUCGUAAAGACUUCUGGGGCAGUGGCUACGCCACCGAGUUCGUCCAGGCCUUCCUCGACGCCUGGUGGUCUCUGCCCCGCUCGGAGCGCGAACUCAGCGUCGACCGGGCCACCGUCCGGGGGUGGAGCGGCGGCGAGGCUGCUGUGGACGAGAUCAUGACCGCCGUGACGGAGCCGGACAACGUUGCCAGCCAGAAGAUCCUGGGCAAGUGGGGGUUCCGGAAGCUCAAGGUGUGGAAGGAAACUAGCGAAGACGGGGGAAAGGAGACGAUACUCAUUGGCCACGGCAUCGGACGGCCGAAGCAAUAG